CGCACCAGACAGCUCUUGCUGGGCCUCCUCAAGCUGUUUGUUAGCGGCCUGUCAAAGCCAGCAAACAUUCGGUUAGUUAACUCGAAACGCGUGCCUCCUUGUCUACUUGCACCACUACGAGCUCGAAUUUGUGCUCUCCUGUGUAAUGCUCUUUGCAUCAGAUUACUCUCUCGGGAUAAGUAUCAUCACAAAGCUCGGAGAAGAAGAGCAUAAUUUUACACAACACCGGGUUUAUCUAGGCUGGGCGGCAUAUACAAAUAUAGAAAAUUUCAGUUAUAGGGUAUGAAUACAUAACUGACGGGGAAAAAGUCACACCAGAUCAGUAUCCCAAAAAAACAAAGGGGGGUAUAGAAUGUGGAUUACCAAAUGUUUCCAAAGAUAGACUCGUUUCUUGGAAACCAUGUCCUAGACGUUAAUCUAACCAGCCAAUAAGAAACAAUAUUUUAAGUAUUUAGGCACUUAUUAAAAUCACAACUUAAUAAUGGCCUGUCAAAUAAGGCCUUGUCAAUUUUUAGCAGGGAAAAGUCCACAUUUGCAUUAUGGAAUGCAAGAGAAAAGUCGGGUAUGACGUAGUGCCAUUAGAACCUAUUUAUCUCAACAGCGCUGUCUUGUUAGCCAUGUUAUACCUGACUUCACGAUUCGCUUACAAGGUUAUAACUGCGUUGGUAGUAGCCUUUCUGCUUGGCGUAGUACUCGUUUGUAUUGCGCGCGAACUUUUUCUCGAAGAACCCGAGCGAGUCUCGACCGGGACCGCGGAAUCACCGCGAGACGCACGCGAGAGUAGCAGAAGGCGAAGUUUAUUGUUGUUUGGACAUGACCGUUCGGGAACCACGCUGCUAAGCAAGAUGUUCGACUCCGACUCACGAGUCUUUGGGAUGUAUGAGCCGUUUUGGACGACUCACUGGGACAUGGCGAGGCCGACGUUCGACGAAAAAGUUCGCCUCGCAAGGGAUGUACUCACAGGUUUUUUGUCUUGCAAUUUCUCCGCCAGCGAAAAUGGCGUUGAUUUUCUACGUACGUUUCGCUUUAGGCUUAACGACGGCCGCAGCGAAAGCCGUGCUUUGACUGCGAAACAUUUUCGCAAUGGGACAGAUGAAUGCAUGGAUUUGUCCUUACAUCCAAACUACACAGACUGGGUGUGUCAAAAUCGAUACAAAUACAGCGUAGUAAAAAUAGCUACCCCAAGGAUCCCCGAUACCCGGAUAGCGGGGAUUUUACCUCGACUCUUCGAGGAAAACCCGCACACAGAUAUCAAGGCAGUCCACAUCGUAAGAGAUCCGCGAGGGAAUGUUCACUCUAGAAUAAAACUUGAAUGGUUCAGAGAUCACCCCGAUCCCAGGUUCGAAAACAGUGUUAAACAACUAUGUGACGAGAUCAUGCCGAAUGUGCAACAUCUUAACUCCCUCCUCUCCAAAUACGGGGAAAGGAUAAUGAUUAUUAGAUAUAAGGAAAUUGCCGACGACCCAGUAGGAAUCGCCAAGAGGCUGUACAAAUUUGCGGGGUUUGAGAUAUCCGAUGAAGUCCUGGACUGGGUCAAGAGGGGUACCACGCCCAGUAAAAAGACGCUGGAAAGGGAACUUGAGCACCCAUACUCGCAUGUACGGAACGCGACAGGGAACGCGGAAAGGUGGAGGAAGGAUUCACCGAUAGAGCGUGUGCGUGUGAUCGAGAGAGUGUGUGAGCCGCUCAUGCGAAUACUAGGGCUGGAGAAAAUGGAGACACUGGAAAGAAACUGAAUUGAGAUACCUAACUUGAAGCUACCAAGAUAAGUAGCGCAAAUAGUUAAACAGAAAAACACAUUAACGGAAGGGGAGGGGAAAAUGAACAAUAUCCGCACCUCGACACAAAGAACGAGAAGAAUAGAGACAAAAGAACUCCUUUGUAGAACAAAGAUAAUAGGAGACAAAGCAGCUGCGUACUUACUCCGUGAAAGUCUAUCACUUUGUUGCGCUGGCAUAACAGGAUAAUGCGAAUGACGUAAGAUGAUUAAGGUUUUGAUAAUUUUUUUAAAUUUU